AUGUCUGAAUUUCAAAAGAGCAUCCAACAACAAUUGAAGCAAUUCGAUUCCAGAUAUGCAAACAACAAAAUCUUACAACAAUUAGAAGCUAGAACUAACAUUCCAAAAUCUUACAUUGUUUUCGGUUUAGUUAUCGUCUACUUCCUAUUAUUGUUAGCUAACAUUGGUGGUAUUGGUGAAAUUUUAGCCAAUAUCGUCGGUUUUGCUUUACCAGCUUACUUAUCCUUGAUUGCCUUAAAGACUCCAGGUUCUGCUGAUGACACUCAAUUGUUAACCUACUGGGUUGUCUACGCUUUCUUCAGCGUUAUUGAAUUCUGGUCUGUUGCUUUAACUUACUUGAUCCCAUUUUAUUGGUUUAUCAAGACUAUCUUCUUAGUUUACAUCGCUUUGCCACAAACUGGUGGUGCAAACAUGAUCUACAAGAAGGUCAUUGAUCCAGCUACCUCUAAAUAUAUUAACGCUAAGGCUGGCGUUUCUGAUAUUAAACAAUCCGUUCACGAAGCUGCUCAAACCGCUUCUCACAACGCUUCUGCUGCUGUUAACCAAGCUGCAUCUGCUGCUACUUCCGGUUUCAGCGCUCAAGCUGCUCAAGCUACCCAUCAACAAUUUUAA